AUGAGGGAUGAUCGAAUGUGGAUGUAUAGUCGGCGUGACGAAAGUGAAAAAGGACUCAACAAAAAGUUUAUAGAUGGUGUAGAACAAUUUGUGGCAUUUGUUCUUUCUCAACCAAAUCUAGUCUCAAAUGGCCAAAUAAGGUGUCCGUGUUCAAAGUGUGACAAUAAGAAAUUUUUAGAGUAUGAAAUCGUCAAGGUUCACCUUUAUCGUCAUGGUUUUGUCCCCAAUUAUGACCCAUGGAGUUAUCACGGGGAACUUUUACAUUAUGAUAAUGUUGAUUAUGAGGUUGCUAGAGAUAUUGAAGAAAGAGUUGAAGGUGUUAAUGAAACAAGGGAUGAUGUUAUCUUAGAAAACCCAUAUUAUACCAUGAUUUUAGAUGCUGUUGGUCCUAGUGUCAAUCCUAAUACUAAUAUAGAGUUAGAUGAUCUUCCAAGCCAUAAUGCUCAAAAAUUUUAUGAGAUGUUAGAAACUGCUAAAGAGCCACUGUAUGAAGGGUGUAGUAGGCACACUCCAUUAUCAGCAAUAUCUAGUUUGUUAAAUAUCAAAUCUGAGUUUAACUUGAGUGAGAAUUGCUAUAAUUGUAUUUUACAAUGGGUAAAAGAAUUGUUGCUAAAUGAUGAAAAAUUACCUAAAGACUAUUACAAGACUAAACAAAUGGUAGGACAACUUGGUUUGAAGUAUGAGAAAAUAGAUGUGUGUCGAAAUGGUUGUAUGCUGUACUAUAAGGAGAACAAGGAAAGGAGGGAAUGUUUGGUGUGUGGCCAUGAUCGCUUUAAAUCUAGAAAAAGAGAUAAUGGAAGUAAUAAAGACAUACCGUACAAGGUGCUGCGUUAUUUCCUAUUGACUCCAAGAUUACAAAGGCUUUAUAUGUCUUCUAAAACAGCAGAGCACAUGGUAUGGCAUCAUAAAACAAGGCGAGAGCCAGGGGUCAUGUGUCAUCCUUGUGAUGGCGAGGUAUGGAAACAUUUUGAUCAAUGUUAUCCCUCUUUUGCUUUAGAACCUCAAAAUGUUAGGUUAGGCUUAUCAUCAGAUGGGUUUACUCCAUUUGGGCAAUCUGCACAUCCAUAUUCAUGUUGGCCUGUAAUUGUUACACCAUAUAAUUUGCCCCCUGGGAUGUGCAUGAAAACCCCAUAUAUGUUUCUUACUCUUAUAAUUCCUGGCCCAAAGAGCCCUGGGCAAAAAAUUGAUGUGUACUUGCAACCUUUAAUUGAUGAGUUGAAAGAAUUGUGGGAGGUUAGUGCUUUAACCUAUGACUUAUAUAAGAAGUAA